AUGGGUCCGGCAAUAAUUCUAGAUGGGUUUUUUGACGGCUAUUAUUCCUCACCGUCAACAAAUCCAUAUCCACAACGUACUGAUCUUGAGUCCGGCAGCGUACCUCCAACAUAUGAAAAUGAACCUCCUGCGACUGAACCUAUUGCUUGGCAUGGGCAGAAACACGAAGCACCAGCAGCUGCAUUUGAAGCAGGAGAAAAGUUUACACGAGAUUAUCCUCCUCAGGAGAAAUUACCAUCAGAUUCUGACAUAAGUUACAUAAUCAAUAAAGGUGGUGCACCAGCAUAUCGUUUUGAGCUUGGCCCGCAAGUUGGCACGCGUCAGCAACCGUCUGUAUUAAAUGAUGGGCGACUAAUACAAUUUCACGGGAAAGAAGAUACCAUGGUACAAACAAAUCACCCGUUGUUUGUUCCAUCGCUUACGGCAGAUGCAAUAAGUACAACUAGAGAUGAGAGUAGUGAGAGUAGUGAGAGCAAAGACGUGAAUUACGAGAAAGAUAAGAAAAAU